AAAGUACUUAUCUUGAGGAAUCCAUGCAUACAUGAUAGUGCAACAUUUAAUGUUGACAUACUUCCUCAAGAUGAAGCUACAGCUUAACGGAUGUGUGUUGUUGAUACUUGCUGGUUUUGCCAGCUGUUAUGACACAACCGCAGGACUUUCUUACAGAACUCGCGCGACCGGGUACACUGUUGCGGCAAGAAAUGGCGGCCGUUUAAAGAUCCAAGGAAAGCACUUUGUUAAAGAUGGGCAGCGCGUAUUUUUGUCUGGCGUUAAUCUGGCAUGGAUAGCGUAUGGGUACGACUUCGGCGACGGCCAAUACCAAAACAGACGUGAUAGGUUCGAACACUACCUCAAACUCGUGAGCGACAACGGCGGAAACUCUAUCAGAGUGUGGGUUCACAUCGAGGGGGCCACAUCACCCGCCUUCAACGACAAGGGAUACGUUGUUGGUCUUGAUCACAAGGGGACAUUCCUGAGUGACAUGCACGAAUAUCUGGAGUCAGCCAGAAAGUACAACAUCCUGGUGUUCUUCUGUCUUUGGAACGCUGCUGUGAAACAGAACCACGCCCACAUGGACGGACUUAUAAAAGACAUGAGCAAGCUACAGACUUACCUUGACAAGGCCCUCAUCCCGUGGGUGAAGGCGGUGAAGGACGAGCCUGCCAUGGGGGGCUGGGACAUCAUCAACGAGAUGGAGGGGGAGAUGAAGAAGAACUUGGUCAGUUCAGACCCGUGUUACGACACGACCGCACUUGCCCGCUCUGGAACUGGCUGGGCAGGACAGCUUUACUCGCCACAAGAGUUUCAGAUAUUCAUCAAUCGCCAGGUAGCGGCUAUCAAGUUAGCAGACCCGGAAGCUCUUGUGACUGCCGGCUCUGGUGCUGACAUCAGCAACAAAUUGGGUGGCCAAAACUACUACAGUGACAACUGCCUCAUCAAAUCUGGCGGCCAAAGAAUGGGGACUUUGAGCUUCUACGCUGUUCAUACCUACGACUGGCAGGGCAAGUUCGCCUCCGACUCACCGUUUCUGCACUCAGCAUCCGACUAUGGGGCCGACCGACCAAUCAUCAUCGGAGAAUUCAGCCAGGUCAAAGGAGCAGGAAGGAAGAUUGAAGACAUGUUCCAAUGGGCCUACGAUAAAGGGUAUGCCGGAGCGUGGAGCUGGCAAGCCCUGGCGACUGGGGACGGAUCUGACACCAUCGACACCCAGAUGAAGGCUCUCCGCUACAUGAGGAACAAGACCGAUCAGACCAAAGGUGGCCUGGUCACAAUAAAGCUGUAGUUGAUGUA